AUGGCUUCUUUGCAAAGAAAAGGGCUGCAGGCAAGGAUUCUCAGCUCUGAAGAAGAGGAGAAAUUGAAAAGAGAUCAAGCUUUGGUGUCCGAUUUUAAGCAGCAAAAACUGGAAAAAGAGGCUCAGAAGAACUGGGACCUUUUUUACAAAAGAAAUAGUACUAACUUCUUCAAAGAUAGACACUGGACCACCCGAGAGUUUGAGGAUCUCAGAUCAUGUAGAGAAUUUGAAGAUCAAAAAUUGACUAUACUUGAAGCUGGCUGCGGUGUUGGGAACUGUUUAUUCCCAUUUUUGGAAGAUCAGAAUAUCUUUGCUUAUGCCUGUGAUUUUUUUCCAAGAGCAGUUGAAUAUGUCAAGCAAAAUCCUUUAUAUGACUCAGAAAGACACAAGGUGUUCCAGUGUGAUCUAACCAAAGAUGACCUUCUGGAACAUGUGCCCCCAGAAUCUAUGGAUGUUGUCAUGUUGAUAUUUGUACUCUCUGCUGUUCACCCUUGAUAAGAUGCACCUUGUCUUACAAAAUAUUUACCAGGUAUUGAAACCAGGCAAAAGUGUCUUGUUUCAUGACUAUGGGCUGUA